AUGACUACCCCAAACAAGACACCACCUGGUGCUGAUCCAAAGCAGUUAGAGAGGACUGGUACUGUUAGAGAAAUAGGCUCACAAGCAGUUUGGUCUCUCUCAUCCUGUAAGCCAGGAUUUGGAGUGGAUCAGUUACGAGAUGAUAAUCUAGAAACUUACUGGCAGUCAGAUGGAUCACAGCCUCAUUUGGUGAACAUCCAAUUUAGAAGAAAAACAACAGUGAAGACAUUAUGUAUUUAUGCAGACUACAAAUCUGAUGAAAGUUACACUCCGAGCAAAAUCUCUGUCAGAGUAGGAAAUAACUUUCAUAAUCUCCAGGAAAUCCGGCAACUUGAAUUAGUGGAACCAAGUGGCUGGAUUCAUGUUCCUUUAACAGAUACUCAUAAGAAGCCUAUUCGCACGUUUAUGAUUCAGAUUGCUGUUCUAGCUAAUCACCAAAAUGGAAGAGACACUCACAUGAGGCAAAUCAAAGUGUACACCCCGGUGGAAGAGAGCUCUAUUGGUAAAUUUCCUAGAUGUACAACAAUUGAUUUCAUGAUGUAUCGCUCCAUAAGAUAA